UUUAUCGAGAUGCCCUUUGAUCACUGAGAGAUGCCCUUUACGAGUGCCUGUAACAAUUAACAGUGUGUUUUGGAAUAAAAUACCUAUGUUUUUAUAUAUGAAGUACAGGAUUACAGUACACAUACCUUCUGCACUUUCGUCUGCCGGUAGUUUGUGCGGUCACUUUUUAUGUGGAUGAAUACUGGUUGGUCGUUGCUUGUAAAACAACGACAUAUUAUAAUAUUUAUGCGCGCGUCGAAGAAUACGAGUAUAAGGCUACUGGCAAAAUGGUAAAGCGUCGCAUUGGACUUGUGGGUUAUGGUCAUGUUGGUCAACAUUUACACAAUUUUAUUUUACGACAAUCAAACUUGGAAUUGGUAUUCAUCUGGAACCGGACGCGUGAUGUGCUAGUGAAUGCUGAAAUUCCCGAAACUCUAAUCUUAGAUGACCUCGACAACGUGGGAAGCCGAAAAUGUGAUCUUAUCGUCGAAGUAGCUCAUCCGGAUAUUACAAAAAAAUAUGGUGCCGAAUUCCUUAAGCACGCGGACUAUAUGAUUGGAUCACCCACUGCUUUGGCCGAUGAAGAUCUUGAGUAUAGUCUACGGGAAUUGGCCAACGAAGGGAAGCAUGGGUUGUACGUACCGGUUGGGGCGUUGUGGGGUGCAGAGGACAUUCGCAGGAUGGCCAAUGCAGGAAUUUUGCAGGCAUUGACAAUCACAAUGACCAAACACCCGUCGGCAUUUAGACUUUCUGGAAAGCUUAACGAAUUGAAUGAGGAAGCAGCAAGUACAUCCCGCCCGGUGACCCUGUACGAAGGAGGAAUACGGGCUCUAUGUCGGCUAGCACCAAAUAAUGUCAACACCAUGGCUGCAGCUGCUCUGGCAGCCCACAAUCUGGGAUUCGACAAAGUUCAGGGAAAGUUGGUCUCGGAUCCCAAGGAACUUGGGUGGCAUAUAAUAACAAUAGAGGUACUUGGAAGCCCACAGCCUAAUGGAACUCAGCUAAGUAUUAGGACAGAACGAAGAAAUCCCGCGGACGUGGGGGCGGUCACCGGAUCGGCUACCUACGCUUCCUUUGCUAACAGCCUUCUUGCGGCAUAUGGCAGAGGAGCCGGAUUUCAUCUCCAUUUCCGGAUCCGAACAAAACCGGCGAACGGCUUGACGGGCCUGAGCCUUGCACGCGUCAUAGGAUGCUUGUACGGCUGUACCACAGAACGGUCCAAAAUAAUUUGAACAGUUGCUAACUUGGUGGUGUUAUAAAAUACUUACAACAUUAUUAUCAAAUAAUAUCAUAUUACUGUAUCAUAUUAUUUUGUUUCACAUGUCUUUUCCUCAGUUUCCUGCAUAGUGCAUCCCAGUCCCCCGGAUGACGCCAUUUCUAACAUAUAAUUUAUUAUAACAAAGACAGAUGUCUGA